AUGGUGCUAGCUCUGCGAUCUCUCUUAGUUUCGCUACUCUCCAUAGCGCCUCUCGCGGUUGCGGACAAGGGCUCGCUAGCUCCCAACGACGAUGUCUCGAUAUUGGCAGAUGAGGUACGGAGAGCCUCCAAUGAAUCGCUAUUAUGGGGCCCGUAUAGGCCAAAUUUAUAUUUUGGUGUCCGCCCGCGGAUUCCCAAGAGUUUGCUUAUGGGCUUAAUGUGGGCGCAGAUGGACGACUAUAAGCCUGUACAGCACAAGCUUAGGCAUACAUGCGAACAAAAUGAGGGCAUGGCCGGUUAUGGGUGGGAUGAGUACGAUAUCCGCAAGGGAGGCAGGCAGACGAUCCACGAUGCGGGGAACACAAUAGACCUCACGAUCGAUUUUAUAAAGGUUCCGGGCGGAAGCAAUGGAGGGAAUUGGGGUGCACGUAUCAAGGGUACUCCUCGCCCGGAUGCGUCCCCUGACCAAGCAACAACGAUGAUCUUUUACGCCGCGCUUGAAGGCCUGGGGAGUUUGCAAUUCGCUAACGAGGCUGAUGCUCUGGGAUACAAGGGGGACGUGAAAUUUACAGGAUCUAUGGUCAGUCUUGGUAAUUUUACUCUAGACAUUACCCGGGGCCCGGAGAGUAAUGAGUACCCUCCCCGAAGCCAUUCGGUGUAUGACGACAAGCCAUUGGAUAGGACGAGGGUUGUAGGACUCCAGGUGCACCCGGACUUACUCUGGCAAUCAAAAGCGCUUCUUUUUGCCCAUUUGAAGGAACAGGUUGAAGCCACUUUGAGAGAACAAGGGACGGAUAAUCCUCCUCCGCCUGCGCAACUUUUUACUAUCGCGAAUAAGCCCGAUGUUGGGAAUAUUCAUUUCGUGCAAAAGGUCUUCCAGGGCCAAUUUGAGUUCGACGUUCUUUUCUCGUCUGGCUCGUCGCCGGAACCUUUGACUUCAACAUCACUUACCGAAGAGAUUAAAACCGCUUCAGCCAUGUUCUCUGAAAAGUUCAAGAAGAUAUUUUCUCCCGUAGCCCCCUUUAACGUGCCAAAAUACAUGGAGUUUUCGAAAGCCAUGUUUUCGAACUUGGUUGGCGGUAUCGGAUAUUUCUACGGUGAUUCAGUUGUCGACCAAUCCAAUGCACCGGAAUACGAAGAGGAAAAUGAAGGGUUUUGGGAAGAGACAGAACAAGCACGAGCCCGGGCAGAGCCAAGCCUAGUUGGCCCUUCGGAGUUGUUUACAAGUAUCCCGUCCCGGCCAUUCUUCCCUCGUGGCUUCCUCUGGGAUGAAGGAUUCCACUUGAUCCCUAUUAUUGAUUGGGACCUCGACUUGACUUUGGAAAUAACGAAGAGCUGGUUCAAUCUCAUGGAUGAGGAUGGGUGGAUUGCACGCGAACAGAUCUUAGGCUCCGAAGCCCGUAGCAAGGUGCCUCAGGAAUUUCAGGUUCAAUAUCCACAUUAUGCAAAUCCUCCAACAUUAUUCAUGAUUAUCGAGGCAUUUGUGGAGAGAAUCCCAUUAAAUAAGCAUGGCGACCGGAAACAAGCUGAGGCACACGGUUUACCCUCCGAUAUCCGCUCGGAAUAUUUGGAACACCCGGAGCUUGCUAUUUCGUAUCUUCGCUCUAUCUACCCUCUACUUAAACGCCAGUAUUUCUGGUUUAAGAAAACACAGUGGGGUGACAUUAAAUCGUAUGAUCGGGAAGCUUUCUCUACGAAGGAAUCCUACAGGUGGCGAGGACGAUCUGUGCAGCACAUUCUAACAUCCGGACUUGAUGAUUACCCGAGACCUCAGCCUCCCCACCCUGGCGAACUCCAUGUAGAUUUGAUUAGCUGGAUGGGAAUGAUGACCCGUGCGAUUCGGCGUAUUGCUGAAGCCUUGGAUGAAACCGACGACGUGCAAGAAUUUAAGGAAUAUGAGACUGCGAUCACUCGGAAUAUCGAUGAUCUCCAUUGGGACAAAGAUGCUCAAACUUAUUGCGAUGCGACCAUUGAUGAGUUUGAGGAGCAUGUGCAUGUCUGUCACAAGGGAUAUGUAUCUCUUUUCCCAUUUAUGACGGGCUUGGUACCCGCUGAUAGCCCGCGGCUGGGUCCUAUUUUGGAUCUUAUCCAGGAUCCAGAGGAGCUGUGGAGUGACUACGGUAUUCGUAGUCUGAGCAAAAAAGAUGAGUUUUAUGGAAUAGGAGAGAAUUAUUGGAGGAGUCCCAUCUGGAUUAACAUUAAUUACUUGAUUCUCAAGAACCUCCUUGAUGUCGCCACGGUUUCUGGUCCACAUCAAGAACAAGCACGCCAGAUGUAUACCCAACUCCGCAAGAACAUUGUCGACAAUGUGUUUAAUCAAUGGAAAAAGACUGGUUUUGCAUGGGAGCAGUAUAAUCCCGAGACCGGCGCUGGUCAACGAACACAGCAUUUCACCGGAUGGACGAGUUUAGUGGUCAAGAUGAUGGUCAUGCCAGAUUUGAGCACAGACCAGAAGACCCGCCAUGAGGAAUUGUAA